AAGAAAUCAUUUGAGAGAGCAACGAGAAAUUAUUUGAAGAACUUUUGGAAAAUGUUACUGAAACGUUUGCAAGGAUUUCAAUGGCGCCCAUUGAUGCGCCUCUAUUCAUCUGAGCUUGUCCACAAGGACUCGUUUAUAGAGAAUCUGCGCAAGAACUUCAAGGAGGAUGAGCUUAGUGGUGUUGUGGUGCCGACGUUUAAGAAGGCCAUGCUCUAUCCCGAUGAUAUAGCAAUUAAGGAUAUAUCUGGUGAAUUUACAUACUUUCAGCUCUUCAUCACCGCCAAAAAAUUGGCCAUACAAAUCUCAAAUUUUUGUGGCAGCGCCUCGCAAAUGAAUGUGAUAUUCUUGUGCUCGAACAAUGCACUGUGGAUAGUUAUGCAGUGGGCGUGCUGGAUCUCUGGCCAGGUGGCUGUGCCGCUCGAGCCGAAUCAUGCGAUCGAUGAAUUGCUUGGCCAGGCCACCGAUUGCAAGGCUCAUCUGGUGAUUGGCACACCCGACAGCGAGACAAUCACCCAGGAACUGGCACAGAAACUCCAAUCGGCCAGCAUUGUGGUCGAUCACAGCUUUGUGCCCACCAAGGAGAGCAUCUCCUCGACGGCCAUGUAUGCCAGACAGUUGGUUGGCCGCGACAACGAUCUCAUACCAGAGAGUAUGCUGCCCAAUGACUACUAUAACAAUGCACCAGCAAUGCUGCUCUAUACGCCCAGCUCAUCGUAUUGUCGGAAUGGUGUGAUUCUCACCUAUCGCAAUAUUGAGGCGCAGAUGGAUUGCCUGACAGCCAGCUGGCAGUUGAAUGCCAGCGACAGCAUGCUGCCCAUCAUCUCGAUGAAUCGCAUGCAUGCAGCAAUUGGUGCACUGCUUGGUGUCGGUGGCAACAUAGUGUUGCAUCAGAAAUUUGAAAGCCAUAUUGCUUGGCGCUCACUGCUGGACAUUAAUAGUCCCUCCAAGCAGCGUGUGAACAUCUUUCUGGCCAUGCCCAUUGUGUUCAAGCGUCUGAUUACCGAAUACGAAAAGAUGUUUGCCCAGGACUCGCGCAUGGUGGAGUACAUCAUCAAUCAUUGCAAGCAUAAAAUACGUUUGAUGGCCACCGGUUUUGGCCUGCUACCGGAGACGGUCUUUUAUCGCUGGCGCGAUUUGACUGGACAUAAUAUCUACGAGUAUUAUGGCCUGCUGGAGACGGGUCUGGUGCUGGGCCCCGUGCUCGGUAAGCAGACCUUGUCCGACAAUGCUAACUAUUAUCCGGGCACAUUGGGUGCACCGCUUGUGGGCGUCACGGCGCGUCUGGUUAAUAGCCAGGGUGAGCAGCUGGUCAGCUCGACGAGCUCGAAAUCCGAAGCGAAAUCAUCGGUGGACCCUGUGCUGCCCGGCUCCGUUGUGGGCGAACUGGAAAUAGCCGGUGUUCAUCUCUAUCCGCUGCGGGUAUCCACCAAUCAGCCGCUGUUGGAGCAAACAACGAAUCAGUUCAUCAAAACCGGCGAUAUUUGCGCCUAUCAAAGCGGUUGCUUCCACUUCCUCAGCAAAUCGACGGAUGUUUUCAAUGUUGGCGGCUAUAAAAUCUAUGGGUCGGAGAUCAAGAAGGCCCUUAUCUCGCAUCCCGGCAUCAAUGAUGUUGCCGUCCUCGGCAUACCCAAUAAACUGUGGGGUCAUCGCUUGGGCGUCAUUUGCAUACUGUCGCCCGAUUCGAAGAUCGAUGUGGAGACGAUCAAGACAUAUUGCUAUAGCCAACUGCCGUCGCAUAAGCGACCCACAAUAUUCAAGACCAUCGUUGCCAAGUAAUAAGCAAACAAUUUAUCGAUCUGUCAGUCAAGUAAUCAAUUUAUCUAAUUAUAAAUUGAUUGAUAGAUCGUUCAUCCAAAAAUUUUUGUGUUUAUCGUUCUAGCAAAAAAGACAACAGCAAAGAAUUAUUCUUUGAUGGACUUGUUGAUUGUAAUCAAUUGGAAAAUUGAGUUCAAUGUGCCAACAUAUAAGUUUGAUUAAAUUUUGGGAUAUAUGUGUGUAUUUAA